CUUUACUCCUCUGAAGGAAACCAUGGCAAAGAAGCAGGUGAUCAUCGACACAGACUGCGGCAUCGACGAUGCUCAGGCCAUAAUGAUGGCUCUGGCAGCGCCUAACAUUCAGAUCGUGGGCAUUACCUGCGUGUUCGGGAACGCAACGGUCGACAACGUGUGUCAAAAUGUUUUAAGGGUGCUCUCCGUCUGUGAGCGCCAGGGGAUUCCAGUUUUUCGAGGUUCUGGUGGUCCUCUGGUGGGAGCCAAUAAACCAGUUAGUGACCAUUUUGGAACCGACGGAUUCGGGGAUGUGAUUCAAGACAAAGACGCACACUGGGAGCAGAAAAUCCAGAGAGAGCAUGCGGUCAGUGCAAUGAUCAGACUGGUGACUGAAAACCAGAAGCAGGUCUCCCUGGUGGCUCUCGGCCCGCUCACUAAUCUGGCGUUGGCUGUCAGACUGGAUCCAUGUUUUCCACAAAAGCUCAAAGAGCUGUACAUUAUGGGAGGCAACAUGGAAGGAAAAGGAAAUGUGACUCUUUGUGCCGAGUUCAAUUUUGCAAUGGACCCGGAGUCGGCCUAUAUUGUUCUUGAAGAAUUCCUCUGCCCUACAUACGUGGCAUCAUGGGAAUACUCGUGCAGGAAUAAACUGACAUGGGAGUUCUUUGAGGUGCUGAUCAAUCAGGACGCUCCUGCUGCAAACUUUAUGAAGAUGAUAACGUCGAAAUGCUGGGCUUACUCUAAAAAGGCUAUGAAGAACAAGAGAGACGUGUACUUCGGACCCGGCUUUGUCUCUUACGAUGCCUAUGCGAUGGCGGCCUGUAUUGACGACAGUGUGGUGACGGACAGAAUCGAGUGUCCGGUCCGCGUGGAGCUGCAGGGCUCCAUCUGUCGCGGCAUGAUGGCGCUAGAUCGCACAAACGAGCUGAAGAAGAGCCACAGUGUGUUUGUUCUGACUAAGUGUGAUGUUGCAAAGUUUAGUCGGUUACUCUUAGAGUCUGUGAGACAACCCAAGAAGUAAUCAUUGAUGACCCACACGGGGGGAUGAAGAAAAAAAUAAUGUGCCACCCCGAAUCAAAUUGUUAUUAAGUGUAUUGAAUAAUUAUUUCAUGUUUUUUGGGGGGAGUUUUCUGCUGAAACCCUUUGUUAAAUCCUAUGAAAUCUAGAGCAAUAAAAGGCAAUGAGCAACUUUGUAAGAAAUGUUCCACAAGUUGCAAGAAAUUACUAGAUUUU